GAUAUGGAUUAUUGGUAGACGCUUUGGAUAUAUAAGGAUAGCAGUCCAUCCCCUUUAGAGUCCUGAACUCAAACCAUCAAGUCACAUCCACAAGAAAAACCACAACUUAUUCAAACACACAUUCAUAACCAAUCAAGCCAACUAAACCUCUAUCUUUCUCUACAAGCCAACAAACCCCCCAGCAUCAAAAUGAAGACCAACUGCGCCAUCCUCCUCCUCGCCGCUCAAAUCCUCAACAUAUCUGCGUCCCCCUCCCCAGCAGUCCUAAACGAAGACUGCGGGCCCUCAGGCCUAAUGAACACAACCAAUGUCCCCGAAGGCGUGGACCCAAGCGCCGUGCGCAAGUGCAGCGAGCAUCCCCUCGGCCGCGUCGACCUCACGGGGCGUAGCGUAGGCCUCGUGGAGCGAACCUGCGUGCAUGGUAACCCUGGAGGUUGCGAUAACGGUUACUGCUGGAAGUCGUGUGGUGAUGGUCCUUGGUGCUGGACUGCGCGUAAUGGCGGGUUUGGUGAUUGGUAUACUUGCAGCAAGGAUUCGGAUUGCCUGACUUCUUACGAUUGCGGGCAGAAGUCGGGUGGAAACUGCGACAAGUGUGGUUGCAGCUGCUAGAUUAGGGGAUGGAAAUAGGGCCUGAAUUUCUUCCUUAGGAGGGGUGAGACCAUUAUGGAAUGUGUUCAGGUUGUAUGUUAUAUUGUACCAAUAUUCAUCUUUUUUUUCUGUACACGGUUUAUUAGAUUAGGAUUGGGGGGGCAGUAUUCACGGAGCAUUCACUCAUUAAUAAACCACUUCGACCA